AUGCGCUCAGUGCUCGAUCCAACUGUUCCCCAAAAUCGAUACCUUCGACGAGGCGACAACGGCUUUCUAAUCGCGCAAAACGUGUUCAAAUUGUUCGAGGAGAUGGCGCUUCGCAAAGUGCGAAGCAAUAUCGAUCGGAUAUUCGAUAAAAGUCUGACGGACCUAAUACGCGGCAUUCGGAAUAAUAAAGACAAUGAGGCUCGCUAUAUCGCCAAUUGCAUCGAGGAAAUCAAACAAGAGCUUCGACAAGAGUCAAUUUAUAUCAAAGCGAACGCCAUUGAGAAGCUCGCCUAUCUUCAAAUGCUCGGCUAUGAUAUCUCAUGGGCCUCAUUCAACGUCAUCGAGGUGAUGGCUUCGACGAAAUACACCGAAAAGCGUAUCGGCUAUCUUGCGGCGGCGCAAAGUUUUCACGACGAGACCGAGGUGCUCAUGCUCACCACCAACCUUAUCCGAAAAGACAUUAAUAGCUCAAAUAUGUACGAGUCGGGAAUUGCGCUCGGCGGCCUCUCAUGCUUCGUCACGCCCGAUUUGGCUCGCGAUCUCGCCGCCGACGUCGUCAAUUUGUUGGCCUCGUCGCGACCGUACACCCGAAAACGCGCCGUUCUGUUGCUCUACAAGAUUUUUCUCAAAUAUCCGGACGCGUUGCGGCCGACGUUUCCGCGCCUCAAAGAGAAACUCGAUGAUCCCGAUCCAGGUGUUCAAAGCGCCGCGGUGAACGUGAUAUGCGAGUUGGCGCGAAAAAAUCCGAAAAAUUAUUUAACACUGGCGCCAAUGUUCUUCAAAUUGAUGACGACAUCAAGCAAUAAUUGGAUGCUGAUCAAAAUAAUUAAAUUGUUCGGCGCUCUUGUUCCAUUGGAGCCGCGUCUUGGCAAAAAACUUCUCGAGCCUCUCACGAAUCUGAUCAAUUCGACGUCAGCGAUGUCGCUUCUUUACGAAUGCAUUAAUACUGUGAUCGCAGUCCUUAUUAGUAUAUCGGCCGGCGGCGAUCAUACGGCCAGCAUUCAGCUGUGCGUUCAAAAACUCGGCGUUCUCAUUGAAGACUCGGAUCAGAAUUUGAAAUAUCUCGGAUUGUUGGCGAUGGGCAAAAUUCUCAAAACUCAUCCGAAAGCCGUCCAAGCGCACAAGGACAUCGUUUUGCGAUGUCUCGAUGACAAGGACGAGAGUAUUCGCCUACGCUCGCUCGACCUUCUCUACGGGAUGGUGUCGAAGAAGAACAUCGUCGAGAUCGUCAAAAAGCUCAUGGAGCACGUCGACGCCGCCGAAGGCUCGCACUAUCGCGACGAGCUUCUCAGUCGCAUCAUCGGCAUUUGCAGCUACAACAAUUAUCAAUACAUCACCAAUUUCGAGUGGUACAUUUCGGUGCUCGUCGAGUUGACGAAAGUCGAAGGCACGAAACACGGCGCGCGAAUCGCCGAGCAGAUUCAAGACGUCACCGUUCGCGUCGAAUCGAUUCGCCAUUUUUCCGUCUCGCAAAUGGCGUUGCUCGUCGAGAACGCGCAUAUUUUAUUGGCGGGAAGCGCGCAACAACGGAGCAAUUUGUGCGAAGUGCUUCUAGCGGCCGCUUGGAUUUGCGGCGAAUACAGCCAACACGUUCGAAAUGUGCAAAGUGUAUUGGAAUCGAUGCUUCGCGCCAAGACCACCGUCAUGCCCGGUCACAUUCUUUCCGUCUACGUGCAAAACAUUGGCAAACUCUAUUCGGCGCUUCUGAGCCAAGCAGAAGAGGAGGACGAUUGGGACGCGAUCGAGAGUCUCGACAAUUUGAUGUUGUCGAAAUUGCCGCAAUUCGAGCUCGCCGAACAUCUUGAGGCUCAAGAGCGCGCCAACGCCAAAAAAUGGGACAAGAGGUGA